AUGGCCGACACGAAGAAAGAACUCAAAGCCGGUUGGAAGACAGAGGCAGAGGUGCAAGUCCUGACUCUGAAAGACGUGGCCAAGCACAACACAAAGAAGGACCUGUGGAUAGUAAUCCAUGGCAAAGUCUACAACAUUACUGACUAUGCUCGGGACCAUCCCGGUGGUCCAGAUGCGCUGUUCGAGGUCGGCGGUCAAGAUGCAACGAGCGCCUACGAAGAUGUAGGCCACUCCGAAGACGCGCGCGAGAUCAUGCAUCAGUACUUGGUGGGAUCCCUCGAAGGUGCCUCGAGCGCAGAGGCCGGCGGCAAGACCCCUUCCUCGGCAUCGACUGUCCAGAUAGUCAGGCGUGGUCCGGCGCAGGAGGUGGCGAAAGUUACUUCCGAACCCUCUUCUCUCAAGAAAUACGCCGAGCUGGUCGUAUUCGCCCUGGGUACAGCUGGUGCGGCGUGGGCAGCUGGUCGAACCGGUGCACUGCACAAGGCGGCCAUCACCAUCGAACGUCUGGGGACUCUCGACCGGGUCAAGAACAUCAAACUUGGAAAUGCUGGCUUCGCCCAAGGUUUCCUGCUCGCCGCAGGCACUUCUACGAUCAUCGCCAUCGCCGGUAUGCGUUAUCUGCAAAAGCUCACAAAGAUGGAAAAAGACCCCUUCCAUCUCCCUGCCCAUCGUGCAGCCUCGCACAUGGUUGUUUCGUCGCACCACCCCGUCGGCGCUAUUGCACCGGCCGAGUACCGCAAGUUCAAGUUGAGCAAGAAGAUCGAACUAUCAAACGGCAUCUGGAAGUUCGUAUUUGCAUUGCCGACCUCGACGUCUGUGUUGGGUCUACCCAUCGGCCAACACGUCGCCAUUCGUGGCGAGGUAGAUGACCACACCGUCACUCGUAGUUACACGCCCAUCUCUAACAACCGUGACCUGGGUCGUCUGGAGCUCAUGAUAAGGCUCUAUCCCGACGGUCAAUUGAGCAAGUACCUCAGUGGUAUUCAGGUCGGAGAUCAUGUGGAGAUUCGAGGUCCCAAGGGUUCCAUGCGCUACCGAAAGGGCAUGAGCAAACGCCUCGGCAUGGUCGGCGGAGGCACUGGCAUCACACCUCUAUACCAACUGAUCCGAGCCAUCUGCGAAGAUAAGACCGAUGACACCGAAGUCAGCUUGGUCUACGCCAAUCGAUCCGAGGCCGACAUUAUGAUGCGCGAAAAGCUGGAGACUUUUGCCGCCCAAUCGAAUGGACAGUUCAAAGUCCACUUUAUGCUUGAUCAUCCCUCGGACGAGUGGAGAGGUGGAAAAGGCUAUGUCGACGCCAACGUCCUGAAGAAACAUAUGCCUCCUGUGGCUGAUGACACAAAGAUUCUGAUUUGUGGCCCCCCACCCAUGGUGAAUGCAAUCAAGAAAGGAUUGACAUCGCUUGGAUUCCCCGAACCAGGUAACGUGAGCAAGAUGACUGAUCAGAUCUUCAUAUUCUAG